GGGAAAGAGAGGAGUUCUCCUCCAGACGCGCUCAUUCUCCUCUGUCCCAGAUCAGGACCAGGCGAGUUUUCGGACGGAUUUCUGACACCGCGGGGAUAUGAAGAACAUGCAGCAGAUAUUCUCGGGAACGCGUGACGUGUAAAGGACUGCUCGGAACUGUCAGGAGUCUGAUUUUACACGGGACUAAUGCCGAACAUGUUCUAGACGCGGGUUGAGGUUCUGAUUGCGCGUGGAGUUCUGCAGGAUCUGCCCGCUCUGAGGAGAGACUGAGCGGCUCUCGUCCCGGGUCAGCAGCGCCGGUUCGGCGGGACGGACUGGAGCCUGUGCGCUCAGAGAGAGAGAGAGAGAGAGAGCGUAAAAAUAACAUUGGCUAAGACGCGCUCCAUUCCGCGGGCGCGCUGACAUUUCAAACGCCAGUUUGGGUGGCACCCGGCAACAAAACCCUAGCAGGCUGUAGAAACGGUGCCAUCCCAUCCUAUCCCGUUGCCAUGGUGACACGCCAACAGCUUCGCUAGAGGAAAGUCCGAUGAGGAUACGCUUUUGAACCUUUCGCACUUGGCACGCCUCACCUGACGAGUAUCCCUGUGAAAGAAAGAAGAAGAAAAAAAGAACAGCCCAUGUCAUUCCGGGCCACGCGGCCGUCUAUUAAAAGAUCUCGCUCGUGCUGUCGCUCGGACUAUUUAUGCACGAGGGCGCAGUGAGGGCCAACUCCACUCCGUAGACACACAGAAGACGAGUCAUGGGCAGCAUCACACGCGCGCUCCCGCUACUACUGCUGCUCCUGUGCGCGCACGGCACCGCGGCCCAGCACUACCUGCGCCUGAGGCCCUCGCCCAGCGAACACCUGCCCGUCCCGGGCCUCAUCGAGGAGCCCGACCCGGAGUACGACCCGCGUGAGCAGGACCUCUCGGAGAAGACGCUGCGCAAGAAGCUGGGGAGCCACUUCGACCCCAACUUCAUGUCCAUCCACCUGCCCGCGCAGCUGAACACCAGCGCGCCCCCGGACCUCCCGCGCAUGCCCAUACCGCCCGAGCUCAAGAAGCUGGACCUCGCGGAGACGCCGUACGGCAGGCGCGUCAAGGUGGGCAAGAAGGCGCGGAGGAAGUUCCUGCAAUGGCUGUGGAUGUACACGCACUGCCCGGUUUUGUACACUUGGAAGGACCUGGGCGCGCGCUUCUGGCCGCGCUACAUCAAGGAGGGGAACUGCUUCAGCGAGCGCUCGUGCUCCUUCCCCGAGGGCAUGUCCUGCAAGCCGGUCAAGUCGGUGACCAAGACCUUCCUGCGCUGGUACUGCCAGGGGUUCCUGAGGCAGAAGUUCUGCACGUGGAUACCGGUGCAGUACCCGAUCAUCUCCGAGUGCAAGUGCUCGUGCUGAGCAGCGAGAGGCUGGAUCGAUUCUCAAUGAUUGCACUGUUUACCCACGGACAGGGAUGUGUGGCGCCACAUAGCGAAUCUAUUUUUUUAAAUAUAUAUAUAUAUAUGUAUAUGUAUAUAUAUGUAUGU